CACGAACCCUGUCAUGGAUCAAGCACAAACAAGAACAAAACAUUGAACUAUUGCUGUAUCCCAUGUCUCUCAUAAAUCAAAGGGGUUGUCAUGCAAGUAGGCUGCUUCGAUUCUGUACGCAUUCCACACUACAAACCCUAUCUAGGUCCUACAAAACUAAUCAGAAUUUUGCGAUGUGGGCUUUAUCAGACGAUCUCUAUAAUAUAUUAUUGACUGAACAUCAUUCUGUUUCUUUUUCCUCGUCAAGAGGAAUGCAUCGGCGAUAUCAAAUCUGUACAUGUCAGUAAAUUAGAAGCUUGACGUCAGUAGAGAAUGUCUUAUCUCGCUCACUUUGCACAACAGGUGUUAGCGGGCAGCUCCAGUACCGGACAUACGGCUAUUAAAAUCCUGCGACUUGCUCUUCCUGACGCGGUCCUCAUCUCGACUAAUUUUGAGCAGUACCUCGGACGACGCAAAGCUCGUGGCGCGACCGUGACUCCCGACUACAACUUGCUAGGCCUUGUUGGUAGAGUAAGAGAGACUACUGCAGACAAGCCGGGAAUUGGAGCAAUGGUUAACGCAGUUAAAAGGGUCGUUACUGGGAACGUUUAUCGGAUGCAAACUAUUCGCAGAACUGGCUCCACAUACACUAACAUACGGCCGUAAAUCCAUGUCAGUUCC